CUAAAACCUCCAGAUCACUUCUUCUGAGUCCAGUCAGAGAGAAGCAGCUGGUUCUUACCCAGAUCCUCCAGAGAGACCAGGAGGAGAAGCAGGACGCUGACUGGACGAUGGAGGGAAGACGUGUUGUGCAGCUGCUCUGUCUGACCUUCACUCUCAUCUCCACCACUCUGCCAUCUCUUCAAGGACUGACUGUGAGUCCCAGCAGGUCUCAGUUCCUUAAGAGAGAAUCAGUGUCUCUGAGCUGUGAGGAGGACGGAUGGACAGUUUGGAGGAAGAAUAGCAGUGGACAGAGGAGUUCAUGUGGAGACGGGUGGGGAAAACCUGCUGGUUCCUCCUGUAACAUCACAGGAAUUUACCCCAGAGGCAGUGGAGUUUACUGGUGUGAGUCCAGAGAGGGAGCAGCUGGAAGCAGCAUCAACAUCACUGUAGCUGAUACAGUGGUCCUCCAGAGUCCAGUCCUCCCUGUGAUGGAGGGACAGGACGUCACUCUGGGUUGUAGAACCAGCGCUCCCUCCACCCUCUCAGCUGAGUUCUUUAAAGACGGCGUCUUCAUCGGGACCGAGUCCACAGGUCACAUGACCCUCCGCCAUGUUUCCCGCUCUGCUGAAGGCCUCUACAGGUGCAGCUUCAGAGGUGUUGGAGAGUCUCCACCCAGCUGGAUCUCUGUCUCAGCUCCGCCCACUGAGGAAGCUCCACCCACUGAGGGACCUCUGCCUACAAGUGGAUCAUCACCCACUCGCACCACCUCCCUCCAGCUUGUGCUCAGCGUUUUCCGCCACCUGGUGGUUUUCUGUCCGUACUUCAUCUCCACUCUGCUCAUGGUGUCGAUAUAUCGAGGCAGAGCCAAAGGAGACAGUGUGCCCGUCUCCUUGGCAACCACAAGUGAGGCUCAGGCCUCUCAGCGAUUGGACGAAGACUACGAUGACGUCAUGGCGGCGGUCAGCACGGAGCAUCACUUCUGAAGUCAACAAAACUCCUUUAAACU